UCCGGACGCAUCUCUGGGCCCCAUCAUCACCCGGCGCCGGGCCCUCCCCCCUUUCUCCUCCUCCUUCCUUCCCUCCCUUCCUCCCUCUCUCCCUCCCUCUCAGCUCCUGCACCAGGAAACAGCCCGGAUCCCGGCAGCGGCCUGACCCGGCUCCACGCUGGCCAGGAGGAUGAAAGGCCGCAGCUGGGGGCUCCUUGCCACCGGCGCUGGGUCCUAAGAGCUGCCAUCCAGGCGGGCCGCCCGGAUGGCGACCCCCGCCUCGGCCCCAGACACACGGGCUCUAGUGGCAGACUUUGUAGGCUAUAAGCUGAGGCAGAAAGGUUAUGUGUGCGGAGCAGGCCCCGGGGAGGGCCCGGCCGCCGAUCCUCUGCACCAAGCGAUGCGGGCGGCUGGAGAUGAGUUCGAGACCCGCUUCCGGCGCACCUUCUCUGACCUGGCGGCCCAGCUGCAUGUGACCCCAGGCUCUGCCCAGCAGCGCUUCACCCAGGUCUCUGACGAACUCUUCCAAGGGGGCCCCAACUGGGGCCGCCUGGUGGCCUUCUUUGUCUUUGGAGCGGCGCUGUGUGCCGAGAGUGUCAACAAGGAGAUGGAGCCACUCGUGGGGCAGGUGCAGGAGUGGAUGGUGGCGUACCUGGAGACGCGGCUGGCUGACUGGAUCCACAGCAGCGGGGGCUGGGAGCUGGAAGCCAUCAAAGCUCGAGUCCGGGAGAUGGAGGAGGAAGCGGAGAAGCUCAAGGAGCUGCAGAACGAGGUGGAGAAGCAGAUGAACAUGAGCCCGCCCCCCGGCAAUGCUGGCCCAGUGAUCAUGUCCAUUGAGGAGAAGAUGGAAGCUGAUGCCCGUUCCAUCUAUGUUGGCAACGUGGACUAUGGUGCAACAGCAGAAGAGCUGGAAGCACACUUUCAUGGCUGUGGUUCAGUCAACCGCGUCACCAUUCUUUGUGACAAAUUUAGUGGCCACCCCAAAGGGUUUGCAUAUAUCGAGUUCUCAGACAAAGAGUCCGUGAGGACUUCCCUGGCCUUAGAUGAGUCCCUGUUUAGAGGAAGACAAAUAAAGGUGAUCCCAAAACGAACCAACAGACCAGGGAUCAGCACAACAGACCGGGGUUUCCCACGAGCCCGAUACCGAGCCCGGACCACCAACUACAGCAAUUCCCGCUCUCGACUCUACAGUCCUUUUAACACCAGGCCCCGGGGUCGCAUCUACAGGGGCCGGGCUAGAGCGACAUCAUGGUAUUCCCCUUACUAAAAAAAGUGUGUAUUAGGAGGAGAGAGAGGAAAAAAAGAGGAAAGAAGGAAAAAAAAAAAGAAUUAAAAAAAAAAAAGAAAAACAGAAGAUGACCUUGAUGGAAAAAAAAAUAUUUUUUAAAAAAAAGAUAUACUGUGGAAGGGGGGAGAAUCCCAUAACUAACUGCUGAGGAGGGACCUGCUUUGGGGGAGUAGGGGAAGGCCCAGGGAGUGGGGCAGGGGCUGCUCAUUCCCUCUGGGCAUUCGCCGUGGACACGUCUCAAUUGCGCAAGCUGCUCCCCAUGUUUCCCUGACCCGCUUCACCCUCUUGGGGGCUGCUCAAGGGUAGGUGGGCGUGGGUGGUAGGCGGGGUUUUUUUUACCCAGGGCUCUGGAAGGACACCAAACUGUUCUGCUUGUCGCCUUCCCUCCAUCUUCUCCCUCCCUCUCGCAGUCCCGCCUGCCUGCUCCUGUCUUGCCAGGUCUCCCACCCGCCCCAGCCCUCCGCUCCGGCUCCCUGCCCUUCCAGAUUGCCUGGUGAUCUGUUUGGUUUCCUUUUGUGUUUCUUUUUCUGUUUUGAGUGUCUUUCUUUGCAGGUUUCUGUAGCCGGAUGAUCUCCGUUCCGCUCCCAGCGGCUCCAGUGUAAAUUCCCCUUCCCCCUGGGGAAAUGCACUACCUUGUUUUGGGGGUUUUGGGGAGUUUGGUUUUUUAUUUUUUUCUGUUUGUUUUGUUUCUCAGUUUUCUUUUUUUUUUUCCUUUGCCUUUUUUUCCCUUUUAUUUGGAGGGAAUGGGAGGAAGUGGGAACAGGGAGGUGGGAGGUGGAUUUUGUUUAUUUUUUUAGCUCAUUUCCAGGGGUGGGAGUUUUUUUUUUUAAUAUGUGUCAUGAAUAAAGUUGUUUUUGAAAAUAAAAA